GGAGAGAACAACUCAGCCGAUCGAGGACUCAACGCUAUCAAUUUUCUUUGACACUCAGACCCUCAAGACCACUCAAUGCUUCUACCCUUCUACGCCCACGGCCGGUGGUGACCAUGAAAUUACGAGUUAUCGAUUGCGAUGUUCCGAAUCCUCGAAUCGCAGGCUCCGGCCAAACAAACGGCUACGGACACCAUCAAUACUCUCAGUAGUCGACUCCAGAGUGCCACUUUGUUGGAAGAUCGAAGAGCAGCCAUUCAAGGACUCAGAAGCUUUUCGAAAACUUACCCAGCUUCUGUUGCUUCGGGCGCACUGCGACCGUUGAUCAGUUGUUUGAGAAAUGACCGCGAGGAUGUGGACACAAUUAAGGUGGUCCUGGAGACCUUGUUGAUGCUGUUCACCCCCGACGAGAAUAGUCCCGAAGCGUCCGACGAAAUCGCUCUCUGGUUGUCAGAUGAAUUCACCCAGCGACAAGACAAUAUCACCGCGCUCCUCGAUCUGCUAGAUACACGCGAUUUCUACUCUCGCCUCUAUUCCUUGCAAUUGAUGUUUCAAAUUUCUAGUGCGCGGCCGGAAAGGACACAGGAGUGUAUUCUGACUGCGCCUCUGGGUAUCCCGAGACUCGUCAGCGCAUUGGGAGAUUCUCGAGAACCGGUGCGCAAUGAGGCGUUGCUUCUUCUCAUCGCGCUCACGCCAGCAUCGGAGGAAUUCCAGAAACUUGUUGCCUUCGAGAAUGCCUUCGAUCUUCUAUUCUCCCUGAUAGACGCUGAAGGCGCAUUGACUCAUGGGUCGGAAGUCGUUGAAGAUUGCCUCUCUCUACUUGCCAAUCUUCUACGGCUCAACAUCUCGAACCAGUCAUACUUCCGUGAAACGGGUUGUGUCAAGCGACUAGCGAAGCUUCUUGCCGACGCAAAUCAAGACCAGGAGCCCGAAGACCAGACCCUGCAAUGGACCUUCGCUCACCGUGAUAAGAACAUCUGGGGACUGUUGGUCAUUAUCCAGCUUUUCCUUGUAAAGGGAGGAGUUAACACUCCUGCAAACCAGAUGGCUUUCUGGAACCAUGGCGUUAUGGAGCAAGUGUUAAGCACAGCUUUCGGUCAAAGAUUCAAUGUCAACGUGACAGCCAAGGCACUUGCAACAUGCGCAGACCUUAUCCGUGCAAACAAACCACUACAGGAAAGAUUCGGUGAUGUGGAGGUAGUCUGGGGCCCACAACCGGCCAAUAAUGUUGCUGCUAAUGGCACCGCGGAGGUCAAGCAGACUCAGCCGAUCAAUGUGAUCGAAGCCUUGCUCAAACUGACACUAGAGCCUGCACCUAUUUCGCUCCUAGACGCGCGUCUAGCUGCCUGUGAGUGUGUAAAGGCAUUCUUUGCGAACCAUUCUGGAAUCCGCGUUCAUGUAUUGGGCCGGGCGAUUCAAGGCCAUGUCAGCGGCGAAGACCAGAUCCCGAACAUUCUAUCCGUUCUACUCACCCCACCAGAGUCUCGUGGCAACGCUGAUCCUUAUCAAACCUGGAUGGCGGCUGUACUCAUGUACCAGUUGCUUUGGGAGAACGCCGAAGCAAAGGAAAUUGCUAUGGGAGUGACCGAGGGUGAUGCUGAACAAGGCGAAGAAGUGAUCACCUGUAUUCAGACUAUAGUGGGCAACCUGAUCACCGGUGUGCAGCGCGGCGACGAUGAGCGUAUCACCCUUGGGUAUUUGAUGUUGCUUUGUGGUUGGCUAUAUGAGGAGCCAGAUGCUGUGAAUGAUUUUCUAGGCGAGGGCAGCAGCAUUCAGAGUUUACUCCAGGAGGUCAAACAUCGUGGGGUCUCCAAUGUGCUUGUGCCCGGCCUCUGCACCAUCCUACUGGGAAUUAUAUAUGAAUUCUCCUCCAAAGACUCGCCUAUACCUCGCAAGACAUUGCACAAGUUGAUUCUCGAUCAAUUGGGGAGAGAACAAUACAUUGACCGGAUCACCCGGUUUAGAGAAGCUCCUUUGGUACGUGACUUCGAGGUCCUACCACAGACAGUUGGAGCACAAUCCGAUGGCGGGCUGCCGGAGAUUUAUUUCGAUCGGGCCUUCAUCGAAUUCUUGAAGGACAAUUUCAGUCGUUUGACUCGUGCAAUCGACCGAGAGCCCGAACUGGAGAUAUCCAUCAUCACCAACGGAGUCGAAAGAGGUGUAUCACGUGAGCUAGUUGAUACUCUUCGAGCGGAAAUCGAAGAGAAAGGCAAUGUAGUACAGAAGCUGGAAGAGGAUCUGCUUGCUUUGCAGUCAAAGUUUGAGCAAGAGCAAGCAGAACACCGAAAGACUCGAGAUUCUACUGCUGUAGAGUCCACCAAAUUACAGCAAGUUACCGAAUCGCUCAAAAGAAGUCACGAAAAGGAUAUCGCGGCGUUGAAGGAGCAGCAGAAGCGCGACCAAAGCGAACUUUCAAGGAAGCAUGAGGAGCAGAUUCGAGCUUGUGAAAAACGCCUUAAGGAAACUGCAGCUGAUUACGAGAGGCAGCUCUAUCACGCCAAGAAGCAUCAUGACGGCGAGGCAGCUGACCUACGGAAGCAUAUCCGGUCUCUGGAAACCGACCUUGCUCGACUUCGAGAUCAGCAUGUAGGCGAAAUUGCUAAAUUGAAGGCAACGAUUCAGAAAUUGAGUUCCGAGGCCGAGAAGGUCAAGGGACAGCAUGUGGCUGAGGUUCUGGACCUCAACAGCACGAUCCAAUCUCUGCAGGCGGGACUCGAGUCCAACAAAGAACAACACACCGCUGAAGUGUCUGAGUUACAAAAGAGAGCCAGCAAACUUCAGUCCGAGCUCGAGUCGAAUAAGCAAAAGCAUGCAUCUGAGUUGUCUGACCUGAACAAGACAACCGAAGACCUACGGUCUCAGCUUGAAGCUAGCAAACACAAGCACGCAGAAUUGUCAGCGCAGAGCGAGACGAUUAGUACUCUCCAGUCCGAAAUCGACGCACAGAAAGGAAAACACGCCGAGGAGCUAUCUUCUUUGAAAAAGACGAUCAAUGACCUUCAAUCCGCACUGCAAACCAACCAAGAGAAGUAUGCGGCAGAGUUGUCCGCUCAGAGCUCGACUUCAAUAAAGCUCCAAUCUGAACUUGAUGCGCAGAAGGUCAAGCAUGUCGAGAAAUUGUCUGACUUGAACAAAACGAUCGAUGAUCUUCGAUCCAAGCACGAUGCGGAUAAAGAGAAACAUACAAAAUCACUGUCUGAGCUGCAAAAAACGAUUGACGACCUUCAAUCCAAGCUCGAUGCGGAUACGGAGAAGCAUGCAAGCUCAGUGUCCGAGCUGCAGAAAACAAUUGAGGACCUCCAAUCGGGCAGCGGUGCGAACACCGAGAAGCACGCGCAUGAAGUGUCCGGCCUCAAUGACACAAUUCAGACUUUGAAGUCGGAUAUCGACAAGAUCAAGCAGCAACACAAGGCCGAAAUCGCCGAGCAUGAGACCACCAAGCAAGGGUUACAGUCCGAGUUGAAGUCGACCAUAGAAAAAUCUUCGCAAGAUCUGCAAUCCGUGCGCCAUGACAGCUCAGACAAACACGCUGCGCUAGAAAAGAGGAUUGAGAAGGCGGAGAGCGAGGUCGAGCAGGCUAAAGCAGAAGCUCAGAAGACGGCAGCAGCCCUGGAAGCUGUACGAAAAGAGCUUGAGAAGGCCCGAUCUGAGGCCAGCGAGAAGGAAGAAGCACGCCAGGCGGCACAGUCCGAACUAGAAGAUCUUCUCAUUGUCUUUGGGGACCUCGAAGCGAAGAGAAACCAGGACAAGCAACGCCUGAAGGAUCUCGGACAAGAAGUAUCUGAAGCGGAAGAUGAGGAUGACGAUGAAGAAGAGGAAGAAGAGGAUGAUGAUGAAGAGGAUGAGUAGGUUGCAGCGUCGAGAGAGCUGGACUAUGCAUCAGCCCUCACUGUCGUCGGAUGAUAGACAAAAUAAGAUCCUGUAGAUGUCCAUGAUUAAUUAUGGUCCAGCUGGUUCAGGUUCCAUGUGUAGGAGAGCUAGACGUAUGUG